AUGUCGAUUUAUAGCGGAUUUGCAACUCGAUCUUUAGAGUCAACCUAUAAUGCCCAGAUAUCAAGACUAAUCAGUCUUCUUCAUGACCAUGUUUAUGCAACAAUCCGAUGCUGUAAACCCCACAUAGUGCCAUUUGACAAUCAAUUGUGGAUUGAUGAUUUCUCUAAAACUUAUCAUACAAUAGUUAAACUUGAAGACCAAAAAUACCAACUUCCAAAAUACUCAAAAUUCACUCAAGAACUAGGAGAAUAUUUAAAACCAAGGUAAAUUCCAUUAAGAGCUUCUUUAUGUUCUUCUAAGCAAACAAGCACAGCUGAUACAGCUUAUAAAUUAAUUGAUGAAAAGCUCAGCUUUAUUAAUACAUCGAUUGGGCUAAUAAACACAACUGACGAUGAUAUACUGCCAAAUUUGCCAAAAGGAAAUGAUACUGGCUGUUUUACGAGAAUGGCUGAUUAUUCUGUGAAUGCACAAAGCCGAGCGAAAUCAAGAAUGCAUAUUAAAAGAAAAUCCCCACAUGGAGAAAAAGAUUGAAAUAGGCAUGCUAAAGAAUUAUAUAUGGCACCAAUAACAGAAAAAAAGUCAACAAAAUUAAAGCACCUGCAUAAAUACCAAGAUGAAGCUUUAAUGAGUAUUUUGAAGGAUCUGUCGAGACAUGUAUAA